AUGAGGCUGAAACAUGCUGUUGCAUCUGGAAAGAGAAUGACUUCCUAUUUCUCUCCAAAAAUUCAGAACGAAUUAAUUUGUCUUUUGGGAACUCAUGUGAAGGACAAAAUAGUGGCUGAUAUCAAGAAAGCAAAGUACUUUGGGAUUCUUUUUGACAGCACCCCUGAUGUGUCCCACACUGAUCAGAUGUGUGAAGUGAUCAGAUAUGUUCAUAUUGAAGGUGACAAUGUUGAAGUAAAGGAAUCAUUCUUGGGCUUAUUGCAUAUUGCUGAAAAGACUGCUGCUGAGCUCACAGAAAAUAUCCUGCAACAUCUGGAGGAAGAUCCUUUGCCGUGGUCAAGGAUAUGA